AUGGUGGGGGUUUCAGACGACCGCGCGGAGCACUACGUGAAUCUUGAGAGCGCGCUGCUUUCUGCUCCAGCUAUUCUCGAGGCGGACGAUCACCUGAGCAGAAUCUUUUCGGAAUUCGUGCCUCGGCUGGUCUCGGAACGGGAGUUUUGGAAGCGGUAUUUCUACGUGGUGGCGAAGGUGGAGCUCGAAUUAGAGCACGAGGAGGACUGGGGUGCUGCGGACCCUUCUCCCCUCGGCUCCCCUGCCAGUGUGGGAUCGCACGGACGGCUUUUCUCGCUUCCCAUGUGGCAUCCUAAGGAACGGGACAUGAAUGGUAGCACUUGCAGCACAACGACGAGCGUGUGCAGCUUUGGAGGAAACGUGGACCCGCCCAAUAUCCCAUCCUCUGUGCUCCUGCGCAAUCUCGCCCAGGCUGUCAGCUACUCUGCUCCGUUUGCGACGCUCAAGGACCUGGUAGCCCACAAUGGCAAGUGGCCGGGCACUGCCCUCGCACAGGCUGUGGGAGCUGGGAUUGGCCGAGCCUUCUCCCUCUCCUCUAUAUCGAAUGUGGCGGCGCUCAUGGCAGAACUACCUUCGGAGAAGGACAUGGCGCAGCUGUGGCUGGCGCUGGUAGAACAGGUGAGCUGUUGGAACCACUCUGGCCUUAGGCAGACCCGAGGGGCCGCUCUGGUGCACUCAGUGCAUGGGUCGUAUCUGGACAGCUUUGUGGCGCAGGUGGCGGCGUUCAUGGCGGAGCUGCUCUCGGAGAAGGGCAUGGCGCAGCUGUGGCUGGCGCUGGUAGAACAGGUGAGCUGCUGGGUCCACCCUGUGGACGCUCUUGGAGCAGGUGGGUGGGCUGCGGGGGAUCCUGUAUCUGCUGCGCUCAUGGCGGAGCUGCCCUCGGAGAAGGACAUGGCACAGCUGUGGCUGGCGCUCGUAGAACAGGUGAGCUGCCCUGUCCACUCAACGAGCCCGCUGGUAGAGCGGGUGAGCUGCUGGAACCACUCUGGCCUUAGGUCGGAGCAGCUGUGGCUGGCGCAGCUGUGGCUGGCGUCGGUGGAACAGCUGCGGGCGCGGUGGAAGCAGGGGGUGCCGGUGCCGCACGUGGGGGCGGGCAGGGGCGGGCCGGACCUGCGGCUGUGCGAGCUGCGGGUGCGGUGGAAGCAGGGGGUGCCGGUGCCGCAUGUAGCAGCAGGCAGGCACGGCCCGGACCUGCGGCUGUGCGAGGUGAUGCAGCACCUGCAGCUGCUCAACUGCUGCAUCGCCCGCCAGCGCCGACGCAAGACUAUCGGGUUUGCGUGUAAGCUUCCAGGCUCAGCAGCAGCAGGAACAGGUGCUGGUGGUGGUGUUGUGGGAAGGGGUGGCAGCAGGAAGAUCAGGGAAUCGUUGUCAGAAGGUGCUGCGGGUUUUGCUGUUACUGCAGGUGCUGCUGGUGUGGGUAGGCCUAGUAGCAGCAAUGUCAGGGCAGUUUUGUCAGAAGGGGCUGAUUGUGGGAGCGACAUGUCAGCAGCAAGCACUGACGGCUCAGAGCCCUGUGAUGCUUCAAAAGGUGCUGUUGCUGCGGGGAGAAGCGCGAGAGACGUUUGCCUAGGAGGAGCAGAGGAGCAGAGCAGAGCAGAGGAGACGCUGGAAGCACAAUGGGCAGAUACUGAAACUCUAAAUCGCAGUAGUGAAGCCACAUGCACCGUGCCUGAAGCAGGGGGCAAUGCUGGCAUGGAAUCCUGUGACUGCAUUAUGAAUUCAUCUGAGGAGCCUCCCUUUUACACAGCAGCAAGGGGAGGAGCAGGAGGAGCUGGAGAUGAUUCAUGCGGUGCGGAUGAUGAUCUGGCAGCGGGGCCGUGCUGGAAUCGGGACUGUCCAGGUCAGCACCUGUUUCUAUGUGACACGUGCUCUCUGCCAUGUGGGAAUCACCCACCAGUGGAGCAUACGGGUCAGGUAUCGCCAGGGGCGGCGCCGGGGGCAGCAGCAGCAGAGUAUCACCUUGACGCAUGCUAUGCGCGGGUGCAGUCAGGGAGGCGUGUGCUGCGGAGGGGCGUCAAGGAGCAGUCAAAGAGCCUGCGGUUGCUGGAGACCGGCGAGCCGCUGUGCAUCCCUGUGACCCAGGACGGGCCUCUGAUGACCGAGUCAAGUGUGCGGGAGAGCGAGGAACUUAUCAUGCGCACUAAGAGCCACCUCUCAUGCCGUGCCUCAUCUUCCUCUCCCUUUCUCCCUUUCAUCCAACCCUUCUCCCUGUCACCUCUCUCCUUCUCUCCCUCCCUCUCGUUCAUCCACCCCGUUUCCCCCCCACAGGCGGCCAACCCCGGGUGUGUCUUGGAGGACUUUGUUCGCUGGUACUCCCCACCCGACUGGUCGCCACUCCCUCAGUCGCCUUCCGUUCACUCACCCUCUCCCCAUACACCGUCUGCCAAACCUCCCACUGUACAAACACCCACUCUCGACUCGGCCUCGCUCCCCUCACCCACCUCCCACACACGUGAACUUGCUUCCGAGGCAAAGACUCCCUGUGCUGCCACAUGUGCUGCUUCCUGUGCCGCGUCUCAUGGCCGAGAGAAAGUGGGCCAGGCUGCAGGGAGCGCUGCAGGGGGAAGAAUUGACUCUACACCCAAAAAGACGGGUUACCUCAGCGUGCGGAUGAAGGCUUCAGAUAACCUGUGGCAGCAGCUGUGGAACCGCGCUCGACCGCUGCCCAUCGCUCUCCAACCCCCCUUGGUGGACUACGACUAUGCUGCCUGUUCAAGUGUGUUUCCCUUCUUCUCCCCUUCUCCCCUCCUCCAUUCCGCCAGGGAGAAGAGCCUUACCUGGCUGGAGAGCAUUCCCCCAUCCCACCUCUUUGCAGAGCUCUUCACCGCACUCGUUGUCGCUGGAUUCUCUGCCGCUGCCUCAGCAUACCACACUCCCCCCACCACCUCCUCCUCGUCUUCUCUCCCCGCAAGACGACAGGAUGGCUGGGUGCGUGUUAAUGGUUCAGACGUAGCAGCAGCAGCAGCUUGGAAGCAAGAUGGGGAGGAGGAGGAGGAAGGGGAAGGGGAGGGGGAAGGGGAGGGGGAGGAGGAGGGGGAGGAGGAGGGGGAGGGAGAGGCCUGUGUACAGGCAACAGCAAAUGGGCACAUCAGAGCCCGCGUGGCGGAGUGCUGCCGCUACGUGGCUGGCGCAUGCACGAGGGGAAUGAGCGAUGACAAGAUAACCAACGUGUGCCUUGUAUACGAGAUGAUGGAGGAUAUAGUGGUGGGCCCGCAAGCCAAGGCGCAGCUUCCCAGGGCCAACACGUCAGCCUCUCAAGACGCCCAACCUGUGUCCACACUCAAGCCCUCGCUCCUGCAGCAGUGGCAGCAGUGGCACUCCAAACCCUCCGCCAAACCCCACGACAACCACCAAUACCCGCCCGGCGACGCUCACCCGAUCGACCCUCUCCCAGAAAACGCCCUUUUGAGCAACCCUCAACCAAACGACCGUCAUGACAACGACACUCACCAAAACGACAAGGAGGAUGACAAUCACGCGUGCUCCGACUCAGAGCCAUACGACACACGAAGCCUCUCCGAUGCUUCGUGCGGCACAGGCGGGUUUUCUCCUGAGCCCAGCACGUCUCCUCGCAUCCACCCCCCCGCCAACACACCUGCUCGCCGGUUCUCCAUCCUGGGAGCUGGAUCGAGCUUUCCUUCCUUCCCCACUGCGAGUUUUCCCACAAGCCCCAUGUUUGGGUCUAUCGACCUCUCCUCCCUGCAUCAGUACAACCAGCAGCAGCAGCCACCCCAGCAGCAGCAGCAGCAGCAGCAGACAAUCCAGCAGCAGCAACAGGUGGUUGAAGAGGGUUCAGCUGGUCAAAAGGAUGCUGUAGAGCCUGUGACUGCGCAGCUUUCUGCAUCGUCGAGUUUUGUUAACCGCGUGGCAAUGUGGGCUGGGCUUGGCGCUGCAGGGAGUGGGAGAGGCCUAGGGGGAGAGCAGGCGAGUGCACAGGAGCAGCAGCAGGUGCAGGAGCAGCAGGUGCAGGAGCAGCAGUUGCAGAAGCAGCAAGAAGAGGAGUCUCUGGUAAUCACUGUCUCUGCAAACGGUGGUCUUGAAGCUGCUGCUGCUGCUGCUGCGGCCGCUGCCGCCGAUGCUGACGCUUCUGCCACCGCUGCCACCACUGCCACCACUGCCACCGCUGCCACUGCUGUUGAUGGUGCUGCUGCUGAUGCACCUUCCCUGCCGGUUCUUGAAGAGAGCGAGGGGGGAGAGAACGCGGGAAAAGAUGCAAAGGAGGAGUUCACUGAUAACGAUGAUGGUGAGGAUGUGAAGCCCAACAGACCCUUGACUGCACCUGCUGCUGUGAGCUUCAGAGGGUUCCGGAAGGUGGACAUGACAAGGAAGCUGCUCUAA